AUGUCGCGUGACAUUUCUGCGGUUGAGUUUGUUCCCGUUAUCAAUUCCAAUUACUCCGUCGUUGUGGUGGGCAUCACCUUGGCAGGAAGCAGCGUUGUCCUGAUUCAGGAGGCCAAAGCUACCUGUCGCGGCAGCUGGUAUCUUCCGGCUGGUCAUGUCGAGCGUCACGAAGAUCUCGUGACCGCCAUUCGUCGUGAAUUCUUGGAAGAAUCAGGCCUGAUUUUUGAGCCCACUGGUUUGAUUCUUGUCGAAACCAGCCAAACAAAUUGGAUUCGAUUUGUCUUUGUUGGUGAGGUCGUCGGAGGUAUUCUCAAGAAGAAAGCUGAUAAGGAGUCACUACAGGCUGCAUGGGUCCCUUUCAUCAAAAUCGAGGAGGCUGAGCUGAAACACGUAAAGGGCCUGCAACUCGAGGAGAGCCAAAAGUUGCGUCUGAGGGCGCCCAUCAUGCGUUACGUGAGUCAGGCCAGCAUUUCGCAGACUUGCACCAGUAGCCUAAACUUGCCGCCGCCCAGCGUCCUCCCGGUGCACCCAGACAACCCGUUGGCCGGCGUCUUCCUGCGU